UCGAAUAUAAGAGAGGACAUGAAAAAAUAUGAGGAACAAGGUAGCCUCCACGAAAUGUUCAUCAGGCAAGCGAAACUGACACCGACAAAUCCAGCCGUGGUCACGUACGAUGGUCAACAGAUUAAUUACCAGCAGCUGGACGAAAUGAGCGACAUUUUAUCGAAAAAGCUUCAAGUCUUAGGAGUGAAAAGAAACACGGUGGUCGGUAUUCUAAUGGAGAGAUGCUUGGAAUACACCAUUAGCUACAUCGCCAUCCUUAAAGCAGGUGGAGCAUACUUACCCCUCGAGCUGUCCUACCCACCCUCUUUACUCGAAAAAGUCAUGGAGGACGCGCAACCGGUUGUCGUGUGCACAAAAUCAGUCUAUAAAUCCAAACUAAGCGGCAGGAACACGGAACUCUUGAUGAUAGAAGGUGCAUGGACUGAAUGGGCGUCCGAUAUCCUCUCAAACACACCAGGAAUUGAUACUGUGCCGAACUGGGUGAAAGUUUCCCUGGAUGACAUGGCAUAUACUGUGUAUUCAUCGGGCACGACAGGACAACCCAAAGGAAUUCAAUGCCCCCAUCGAGGAGCUGUGUUUUCGUACUACUGGCGUCAUCUCGCACACCCUUACGAAGACAACGAAAGAGAGGCGUGUAACAUUUUUUUCGUCUGGGAAAUGUUUCGUCCACUUUGCAAGGGAAUACCUCUUUACAUCAUUCCGGACGAUGUGAUAUACGACCCACCAAAACUCAUUAAAUUCAUUUCUGAUCACAAGAUCACGCGGAUACUCGUUACUCCUUCCUUAAUGCAAGCCAUCGUCGAUUCUAACAUCGAUCAGUCCAACCUUCGCUCAGCAUUCCAGACUAUGCGGAAGAUCGUGUUUUGCGGAGAGGUCGUAACAACAUUACUCAGAGAUAAAGUAGCAGUAUUAUUUCCGUGGAUCCAGUUACUGAAUCUUUACAGCGUUUCAGAGUGUCAUGAUGUCUCUUGCGCAGAUAUCUCUAGAGCGAGCGAAAAAGAGGACAAAGUUUGCAGUGUCGGAAAAUUACUACCAGGAGUUCAUGUUGUUGUGAUGGACGAGAAUGGAAACGUCAAAAACUGUGAUGAACCAGGGGAGAUUUUUGUGGGAGGUCCGACAUUGGCCAUAGGCUACCUGAACAAACCGGAGUUGAACGCGGUGCGAUUUAUUCAGACUCCACCCUCAAUCGCAACAAAAGUUGGACCGCGACUUUACCGAACUGGUGACUGGGGUUACGCCACGGCCGACGGCUCCCUUGAAAUUUUUGGCAGAUGCGACUCCAUGGUCAAGAUUCGCGGCUACAGUAUCGAAAUAAAGGCGGUGGAGGCAAUGUUACAAGAGUUGCCGAUGGUCAGUUCAUGCUGUGUGUUGGCCGAGGGAUCGGAAGGCUCUGAGAAAAUCUUGAUCGCAUAUCUCGUCCUCAAACCUGCAGAGCCGGAAUCUCUCGAAUCAAAAGAUCUGGAGACUUCUUCAAAGGCUAUCACACGGAAAAUCAGGACCAUCUUGAAGACAAAGCUACCUUUCUACAUGAUACCAUCACUCUUCGUUUACCUGUCCAGCAUACCUCUGAAUGAAGCCUCAGGAAAACUCGACAUUAAAGCUCUGCCAAAAUGGAGCGAGAAAGAGGGAGCGCAACUAAUUGAGGACGAUUGCUUGAACGCCACAGAAAAACGGGUGGCAAAGAUCUGGUGCAAAGUUUUGAGAUUGUUCACAGUUGACACUGAAGAGAGUUUCUUCGAUCUCGGCGGGCACUCUCUACUUGCCGCUCAGUUUGUUGGAUUGUUAAAUGAGGCUUUCAACUUGGAAUGGCCCGUUUCGGAUUUGUAUUUACACCCGACUAUAAAAUCAAUAGCAAAAAGAUUAGAUGAAUCAAGUCUGGAGAGCUCCUCGGUGGAUUUGAUGAAAGAGGCCGCAUCAUUCCAAAUCGACACGGAAAACUUAGACUUCAAACUUCGUGUGUUUAGAAAAUCUAACAGUUUUAUUAAAUCGAAAUAUAAUUCUUGUAAAGUCCUUGUCACCGGAGCUACCGGCUUCCUAGGAGCAUUCUUAGUCGACCAGCUUUUAAAAUCUACAAAAACGUAUAUCUAUUGUCUGGUUAGAGAGUCGCCGAGUGAGACACCUCUAGACCGACUGAAAAAUACGUUUAGAAGGUACAAUUUGAAUUUUGGGGAUGAAGAUAGUCCAUUCUGCACAAGAUUGUCUGCGAUCAAAGGGGAUGUUACUUUAGAAAAUUUUGGACUCAUGGAAGACGAUUAUCAUGCUCUCUGUUAUGACAUCGAUGUUGUCAUUCACGCUGCUGCGACUGUUAACUUAGCAUUUCCCUACCAUGCAUUGUACAGAUCCAACGUCGUUGGAACCCGAAAUGUGAUAUCUUUCUGCACACACAGUAAAAUUAAACCGCUUCAUUACAUCAGCACUAGUGAUGUGUUUCCGUCCAAUUUAAGUAAGUGUAAUGAGGAUAGCGAUAUGUCCGAAUUUGCCGACGCUCUUGAGAGUGGAUAUUCGCAAAGUAAAUGGGUCGCAGAGAAAUCUGUCACUUCUGCCAAUCAUCUCGGAGCACCCUGCGUCAUCUACAGAUGCGGCAAUAUUGCAGGUCCGCGUGACUGGCCUGCUUGGAAUAAGCAGGAUCUCACACUGUUGAUCUUGCAAGGAGUUCUCAGCACUGGGUAUGCACCAGACGCCUCUUGGCCGAUAGAGUUGACGCCUGUUGAGUUUGUCUCUAAAUUUAUUGUGUCAUCCUUAACUAACUUAGAGAGGACAAACGGUGAAAUUUUUCAUUUGGUAAAUGACCAUUCUUAUCAUUCUAGGAACUUAUGGGCUCUUUUAAGUGACUUUGGAUAUUCAAUCAAAACUACAACUUUUUCGGAUUGGUCUCUCAGAGUGAAGAGGCAAGCACUUGCAUGUCCCAGUUUGAAACCGUUGUGCUACUUACUGGAAUCAGCGUUAAAAGACGGCAAAAGUUUGAAGGAUCAGAGUUUAUUCGAUAGGUCAAACACGAAUAAUUUCUUGGAUGAGCUAAACUUAAAGUAUCCACAGAUAAAUGAUGAGCUACUGGCAAUUUACCUGACAAACCUAGAAAGUAUAGGUUUGCUCCCAAAAAGAAAGAUUGUCCCUCCUUCUGAAGUGCCAGCAGAGAAGCAAGUUUUGCAAAACAAAGUUAUCCUCGUGACAGGAGCCUCCUCCGGAAUCGGAGCAGGCAUUGGAGAGUAUCUGGCUCAAGUUGGAGCUAAAGUUGUGAUCACGGCCAGGCGACUAGAUAGACUAAAUAUUCUCAGAGAGCAAUUGAAAGCCAAAGGAAUUACUGUUCACACGAUGAGUAUGGACGUAUGCAACGAUAAACAGGUAGCAAAAACAGUGGAUGAAAUAGAGAGCACAAUUGGACCCAUUUACGGGUUGAUCAACAAUGCUGGAGUGAUGUAUUACAACUUCAUGAAGAAAGGCGAUUUGGCCGAGUGGCAACACACGUUGCAAGUGAACUGCGGUGGCGUUUUGAACUGUCUCGCCGCGGUUUUACCCAAAAUGGCAGAACGAAAAGCAGGGCACAUAAUUAACAUUACAUCAGAUGCAGGCAGAAGGCCAUUUGCGGGUUUAGCGGUGUAUUCGGCAACGAAACACUUCGUAGAGGCUUUGUCUGGAGCAAUGCGUGCAGAAAUAUGUAAUGACGGCAUAAAAGUGACUUGCAUUCAGCCAGGAGAUGUUCACAGCGAACUCCGAAGACUAACAACAGACUCACAGGCUAUGGAAAAGUUUGACUUCAGUGACAAAAUGGAGAUUUUAGACCCAAAAGACGUAGCAGAAGCUUGUGUGUUCGCAUUGACACGGCCAGCUCACGUGGCAGUAAACGAGGUGCUCAUUGAACCAAGGGAAGCUCCUCUGCCAUAGAUUUACCUUCAAAAUCUGUUGAGAGAAACAUUAUUUAGUGAUCAUUUUUAACAAUGUCACUGAAUUGACACCUACUCAUUUUUUCAUCUUCUUGAACUUUUCAUGUACAUAUAUUUAGUUUCUUCCUAUUUAUACCUAAUUCUAUGUAAUGAAUAUGACUUUUAAGACGGAGCAUUCUAAUCAUAAGUAAAAUCUGAUGUAAAAAUGAACGAA